CUUCCACGUCAGCCUAUCUCAAAAGUUAGCGUAUCCACGUCAGCCCAUAAAAAACGACUUACAUUCUCCCUCCAUCCUCUCUAUGAUCCUUCUUUUCCAUCCUUUGAUUCCACUUCAUCUCUCAUCACCGCCACACCCCGGCGGUUACUUCUUUCGAUAUGCUAUUUAUCUCUCAUCACCGUCGUCCCCUCAUUCUCACUAUUCACACCCGGCGGUUCCUUCUUCCCAAUCGAUCUCCUACACUCUUCAUCCCCACCAGUGCCCGUACCGAUAAAACUUUGAAUCCUACAAUUACCAUCUUCCAUUCCAGGCAACGAACGCAUCAUCUACCAACGAUACCCAACCGACUGGCUAAAAUUAAAAUCUUCAUCUUCAGUCAGGCUUCGAUCAACAUGCCGCCAGCAAAGUAACUCCCCUGUUUUCCCUUCAUCUAUAUAUACUGGCAUUGCCCAAGUCCCGAUCAGUGAAUUGAUUGAGAAAAUUGACGGUGGAGUCUUAAACCUCGAAGGGGAAGCGUGCUGGAGUUGGCAGAUCUGCGGGAGAUGUAAAGAGACAAACUGGUCGGCAACAUGAAGAGGCGAUUGGAUUUGGCAGAUUUAAGGGGUAUGAGAAAGGAGCAUGCAAUACAACAGACAUUCUCAACUCCAACUAACCCAUCUUCCCUCUUUAUCCUUUAAUCCCAUAGGUUGUCAUGUAUGGUUCACAAUCAGUUUGUCUUAUGGGUUUUCUUUUUUGGUCUCUUUGAGUUCUGAUCUUCAUCCAAGUAGUCGGAAUCACAGCCGCUUGGCUACGAUUCCAUCUUUGGCAAGUCUUUUGGGUGGGUUUUCCUUUUCCAUCUCCUGCAAGCAAGCACUAGGUUUUGUUAUGAAUUCUGCCAACGCUGUAAAACUAGCUAUAUUUUUGUUUUAAGUUCUUCCUCCAAUCCAAAUACACUUCUCGGACAAUAGAAGGCCAUUUAAUGCGACAAAACUAUAACGAGUAUGAUUGAAGAGACACCAUGAGCAUCAGAUAUAUAACAUGUCAUGCAUGCAAUCUAUAUUUGCUUUACUGUUUGCCAUUGCUUCAUAUUGAUUACACAAAUUCAGCAACAUUCUUUUUUUAUUAUAUAUUGAUACUGAUUUGCAGCAGCUGUAGACGUUAAUGAUUGGUAAGAUCUUCUAAUGAACUCUACUCCUCCAAUUCAAAGAUGUGUACCUCUUUGACCUUUAAACUCUUUAGCUCUGUCUUUUUUGCAGGUCGCCAAAUUUGUGGGUAGCGUCCUUGGACCUCCAGUUUGUAGUGUGAUUAUGGUAAUGUUUCUUUCUUGAUUGUCCCUACAAACCAUCAUAAAGCCAGUUUAGAUCUUAUCAUGGUACGAAUUAAUAGAAAUAUGAUUAAUAUUCAUGGAGAUUUUAGUUUCAAUUUAAAUCAGUCAUCGGACAAUAAACACCCUCUACUUCCGUUCAGUUCAGAAUUAAAUUGUUCUUGUAUUGUCUGCUAUGAACGUCUAUCAUGCAUAUUGCUCAUGGUUGGUAAAGCACGUCUUUUGCUCAUGGUUGGUAAUACAUCAAAGGUUGCUCGAGGGAAUUGGGUGCAAACAAAGCAACAAUGAACCUGAAUGUGACUUGCCAAUCUGGACAGGGGUGAAAAGGCCUAUUGGUUUGUAGUGGGGGGUGAGAAUGUAAAUUGGAUAGGCACUAUAUGAAUGGUUGAAAUUCUUAAUUUUUUAUCUAUUAAUUUGGAAGUGAGAUUUUCUUUUAUAAUUACAAGGAAAUGAGCAGUCAGGGACUUUAGUAUGAUAUUCAUACAAGGAAAGCAUACCACAUUAGGUCACACGGGAUAAAUCAUAAAAAUAUAA